AUGUCCGGUUCUGCCCCUGCUGCUGCCAAGGACAUCAAGUCCGUGCUUGAGAACAAGCCUCUCAAGUUCAAGUUCAAGACUGGAGGUGCAUCAUACGUCGCUCAACUCCACACCGAUCGCUCAUCAUAUGAGCGCGUCAAAUCGACUCGGACCAGCUCCGCCGAUUCCAUCAACUCGGCCUCGACAUCUGGGUCCAAGUAA